GCCAUAUACAGCCCUUGUACAGCUUCACUCCAGGUCCCUUAUUUGCCAUUCCCCAUCGUCUCAUUUCUCUCGCUUCUCUCUGAAGAUUCUCCCUCAUUCACCUCUGCUGUGAGUCAUCCCAUCCAGCUCCCUCUGCUUCAGAACUUCUCCUGAACCAUGAUCUACACCUAUCCGCUCCUCUGCUUCCCAACCUUCCUGGAGCUCCGGGGCGGUUAGUUGCAGGCCUAGCGGUCUAGUCCUGGAAUUAUCUCCUCCAGCCAUUUCUGCCUAUCCUUUUCAUUAUUUACCCCUCUCUUCUUGAGUCUUCCUAUCGGGCCGCAUCUGCAGACGCGCCCGAAACCUGCUUCAAAUCCUCGGGAAGCUGCUGCCCCUCUCUCCAUUUCAACCCAACCAAACAAACCCCGCCGUGCUGCACAUACCCCUCGACGAUGUUCCCCCCAAAGCCCGGCGCUGCACCUCCUGCCGCCGCGGCUCCUAAAACGGGCUCCGACAACUCGCGUCUGUCCCGCUCACCUAGCAAACGCUCGUCCAUCGGAGUCGGCGUUCGCUCGCACAUCCGAAGCAGAUCCAUCCAGUUCAAAGUAAGCGCUUCCGACACCGACCUGCCCUCUCGUCCUGCGAGCUCAACCGCGAAUUCCAUCGUGUCCGCCGAUGGUCGAGACAAUCCACAUAGACCGGCCAGGAUCGCGUCUCCUCCGCCGCCUAGUACCUACGAGCGUGGCGUCUCUUUUGAUACCUUCGACAACCGUAACGCGGCCGAUUUCUCCCUGACCUUGAAUUACAAGCACAAGGGCUACCAGUCUACCCGUCGCAGUAGGACCUUUCUGGUCGGCACCGAUGCCAAUGAAUACUCCGACUUUGCCCUGGAAUGGCUCAUGGAUGACCUGGUCUGUGAUGGCGAUGAAGUAGUCUGUCUCCGCGUCGUAGAUAAGGACUCGAGAAUCGCGAGUGAUGCCAACAUCGAGGGCAAGAAGUACCGCCAGGAGGCCCAAAAGCUGUUUGAACAGGUCAUUCGGAAGAACAGGCAGGAUGAAAAGGCCAUCAGUCUGGUCCUCGAACUGGCCGUCGGUAAGGUUCAGGAAAUUAUCCAACGCAUGAUCCAAAUCUACGAGCCCUCUAUUCUCGUCGUUGGGACCAGGGGUCGGAAUCUGAACGGCAUGCAGGGACUCCUCCCGGGUUCCGUCUCCAAGUACUGUCUCCAGCAUUCCCCGAUUCCCGUUACCGUGGUCCGUCCAUCUUUGAAACGCGAGAAGAAGAAGCAGAAGCGUCUUGCGGAUCCAACAAGGCGCAGCUACAACCAAAUCCUGGAAAUGAGUGAACGCCGGGGCAGCCGGUUCUUUGACGCCAGCUCUGGCACCGACAGCAGUCUCACCAUACUUCCCGACGAGGAGGCAGCCGUAGCUGAAGCUCUGGGGUUGUCGCCGUCUUAUUUUCGCUCUCGGAGCUCCGUCUCGGUGGCAUCGGUGUCUGAAAAGAGCAGUAGCCCUCACGACGAACACGAACCAACUUCGUCAGUGAUGUGGGAUUCCCUGGACGAAGCGGUGAAGCAGGCCCAUACCUCAGGAGAUUUCGACAGCCCGGAGCUCACCGAUAGCGAGAGUGCCGGAACCCCCUUGGGCUCUCUUGGCCAUGAUCUCUCACCGGUGAAGACCAACGAUUCCACUGCUAGCAACUCUUCUACCUUACGUCCGGAUACGUCAAGUGUACAACAUGCUGAGCUGGCAGUUGAGGAAUUAAGCCCAGUCUCCGGAACGUGAUGAUACACAGCCUAAGUUGAGCAUACCGACUAUAGUUACCAAGGAUGCAUCGGAUGACGAAACGAGCAAGUGAUGGAUCGUUGUUUUUUACUCUUUCGGUGGUAAACAAACACAUGACGCACUAUUUUUUGAACUAGAGACCGGUUGGCAGAACCGUGGUCAUGGAUGCCACAUACCAAGACGUACGAUGGAGUCUCAAGGUUUCUUUCUCUGGGAGGUUUCUUUAGUUACGGUCUGACUUCAUUUUAAUGCCCUGGAAAGGAGCGGUGUUCUGGUUUUCAUGGAGUCGAGGGGUGUUUCGCGGCCUUCCGUGCUAACCAUCUAUUCUCCAUUUCCCCUAUUCAGUUGCAUUCUGCAUGAACAUGGAGCCACUUUCUUCUUUUCUUCUCGUUCAUGGUUUGGUCCACAUAGGCUUUUAAUACUCUACUAGAAGUGAAGAAUCAGACAUGUACUUCUGCUUUCAUUAGUCUUUGGUCUCUAUUAGUAUGGCUAACUCAACCAAAAUGAAC